AUGGUGGGAAAGAAAAGUGGAAAGGCCCUCCUGCGGGAGGAAGGCCUGGAAAGAACUGACAACAAUAUGGAGCUCACAUCCUGGCCCAUAAUCCAAGCCAUAAACCAAAAAAACUAUUACACAGACUAUCUUAAACGAGACGAACAAAUACUGGCCUUCCGAUCGCAGCAGGAAGAGGCUCGCAACAAAAUGGUGAAGCAAGCUAAAGACAGGGACAGGGCCCUUGCACAAGGAAGAACCGUCGGACCUGAUGGAGAUAUCGAAAUGGACGAUGGUGAAGAGGAGGCCGAAGACGAAGCCUCAAGCGGAGCGAAGACCAUUGUCAUUCACAUCGGGUCCCAAAAUCUCAGAGUCGGUCUUGCCAACGACGCUCUCCCAAAGACUGUGCCCAUGGUCAUCGCUCGCCGGUCCGCCAAAUCUGAGAGCGAGGAAGGGGAUGGAGAACCGGCGCCCAAGAGAGCAAAGUUAGACAACGGCAUACCCCCACCGGAACCAGAGAAGCGUUUUGGCGAGGACUUCGCAAAGAAAUUUUCUGGAAUGUCUCAGGAUCUUAAAGUGCGAAUGAGGAUGAACAAGAGAAAGGUGCUACCGCAGUCCAGGGACAUGGUCACCAGUUACAACCGAAGAAAUACAUACGAGACUAUCACCGAGCACAAUGACACCAUGCGCAUCGAGUGGACAGAAACAAACGAAAUUUCCGGUGGUCCUCCUGAAUAUAUCACAGGAAAAGCUGCUCUUCGCAUUCCUGAUGAUUCAAUGCCGCGGUACAAACUGUUCUGGCCCAUUCGAUGUGGUUGGAUCAACGAGCAAGACUACGAUUCGAAACGUUUCUUGUACGAUGAUAUCCGCAUCAUCAUUGAGGACGCCAUCAGAUCCCAGCUCGAACUGAAACUCCGCACUCGGGAAGAAUGGAAUCAGUAUAGCUGCGUCAUAGUUAUCCCUGAUUACUACGAAAGGACAUACGUGACCAGUCUGCUUGAAAUGGCCAUAACCGAGUUUGGGUUAGGACGCGUUUGCUUCAUCCAAGAGAGUUUGGCCGCUUCCUUCGGAGCAGGUUUCACGACAUGCUGCAUUGUCGACAUCGGUGCGCAAAAGACAACAAUCUCUUGCGUGGAAGACGGAAUGGUUAUUGAUAACUCCCGAGUCAACCUGAAGUAUGGCGGAAGGGACAUUACCGAAACCUUCGUCAAGAUGGUCAUUUACAACCACUUUCCUUACUCGGACAUCAACUUAAACCGACGAUAUGACUUCCAACUGGCAGAAGAGCUGAAGCAAAAAUUUUGCACCAUGACCGAGGCAGAUGUGUCAGUGCAGUUGUAUGACUUCCACCUGCGUGCGCCGGGGCAAGACACUAGGAAGUACACAUUUAAGAUCUACGAUGAAGUCAUCCUUGCGCCGAUGGGACUUUUCAAGCCUCAAAUCUUUGACAACAGUGGGAAACUCAAAGGUCGUCGUAAACUCGUCGACAAAUCCUACGACAUCUACGACAACAAACCAAAUGACCCGAGCUCCACCGCGCAAGCAGAGAUCCUGACAGCCAUUGCUCCGGAAGAAGUCCUCACCUCGACAAACAAACCCGCGGCAAAGACCAAUGGACACACGAAUGGCAUUCUCACAAACGGAACAGCGACAAAAGACGAAUCUUUCAACAACGACUCCCGCCGUCCGUCCUUCAGUAACAUCAAGGAAAUGGAUGCAACACCUCAGCCUUCGGCUGCAAGCUCCCCGGCGCGCAACAUGCCAGACGGGACACCACAGCCUGGAGAGGAGAACGAAGGCGGUGCUACACGCGACGAGAAGCCUCCGGUCCCAGAGGUGGAAGAGGAAGAACCGCUCACCAUCGAACGACGCGAUGACAUUCUCCCCAUCUACCCUCUCCCCAACGCUAUUGUCACCUCCAUUACCCACGCAGCUAGAGGCUCCUCCCAGAAGACGUCCGACCUUCUCUCGGGAAUAAUGCUUACGGGUGGCACAUCAAUCAUUCCCGGACUGGGUUCGCAUCUGGAGGAGAGUUUGAAGGGGAUACUACCUGGCUAUAGCAAGGACAUUCUGAUUGGACGUCCACCUAGGGAGCUGGAUCCGCAGGUAGUGGCGUGGAAGGGCGGCGCUGUCUUUGGCAGGAUGAGUCGCACCAAUGACUCUUGGAUCAAUGCCUUUCUAUACGAGAGGUUGGGAGAGCGAAUAUUGGCGCAUAAACUAAUGUGGGCUUGGUAA